AUGUCUCGAGUCCCAUCCGUCAUCCAAGCGCCCACACCGGCCCAUGUCCAGACAUACUACUGCACCCACACCAGGUCAAACCGAUCAAACAUCGAGGCAACUGUGAGACGGCUACUUGGUGACUCGGCUGACCAGCCGCUCCGUCGACUGCCUGAGCAUGGCGAUUUGGCCAUUCCGCGCCCCCAUAGAUCGGGUGGUCCCAAGUUCUGGGUGGUCAGGAUCUCCGGUCAGCUAUCACAGGGAGAUCAGGAUACCAUACUUGAAGCCGCCAGGAAAAAUGCUGUCGUCAAGGAGAAGGUUCAAGCCAGGCUCGACCAGGUGGAUCGUAAGACCUGCCUGGCACAUAAAGCCAGCAACGACCGUUUCAGGUCUGCCGUUGACCAAGGAAAGCUCGAUCUCCGUGGAUUGUCCCCUUCCGACUUUCAAGAUGUCCAGGUUGACCAUGUAGCCGAUUUCUUCCGCUUCGGUCAGCUGGCUACCUGCUCUGCGAUCACCCAAGAUGGUAGGGGUGAUCUCUUGCUUCCCACGUUAGGACUCGCUUUACCCGUCUUUCCCGGUGAUGUUGUGUUCUUCCAGCCAGGGCUCCUACCUCAUCGAGUGGUGGCUCUCAAGCCAGAAGAUGCCAAGAAACGAGUGGUGAUCACCAUGUUCACCUGCGAGCCUACAACGGAUUACUUGGACAUGCAAGGAAUCAUGUUACCCCGUGCUAAGAGGUCCUGGAAGCCGAGGUCAGGGCAGGAUACUUGUCCCAAAUGUGAUAAGACCUACAAGGAUCUCCUCGAUCACAUCAAGAAGAAACACGGUGAGGACAGGUUCACUGCAGAGGAGAUGGCAGAGACGGGCUUAUGGGUGUGCUCCUGCGGAAAGGUGACAGCUAGUGAGAGAGGGUUAUCCUACCACCGUAAACGAUACCCCAGUCAUCAUGUGUAA